AAGAAACACAACAAAAUUUGCUCUAUUCUAUUUCCCAUUAUUUAAGUGUUGCAUGUGUAAUCUUUCAACAAAUUUAGAGAGAGAGAGAGAGGAGAGAGAAUGACAGAGUAUCUUCCUUCAAUCCUUCCUGGCCAUGAAACUUCAACAAAAUUUGACUCUUUGGACUGUGAUGUGUGAACUGUGAAUGAAUUGAAUGAUUCUCUUCAUUUCACACCAUUGAUUCUCUCCUUCCAAAUAUGGCUAUAACAUUAUCUCACUGUAACUACUACCACCACCACCAACACUCUUUAGCUUCAAGAAAAGUUCCCACAACAACACGACUCAACGAUUCAAAAUCCAAACAAGACUCCGCCGUCGUCGUUAAUAAUAAUCCAAAGAAAUCAAGGACUUUACAGACCUCAAUUCUUCGAACUCACAUCAAUUCUGGGCACACGAGGGAUGCGAUUUCACUCUUCGAGAAAAUAAACCAUUCCGAUGCGUAUACUUGGAAUCUUAUGAUUAGGGGUUUUGUAAAUAAUGGGUUUUUCUGGGAAGCCAUUUCUUUUUAUCGUAGAAUGGGAAGUGAAGGGGUUCCAGCUGAUAAUUUCACCUACCCAUUUGUGAUAAAGGCAUGUGGUGCUUCGUUUUCGUUGGAAGAGGGAGAAAAGGUUCAUGGGAAGUUGUUUAAGAUUGGGUUGGAUUCAGAUAUUUGUGUUUGCAAUUCGCUUAUUUCUAUGUAUUGUAAACUUGGUUUUGUUCAGUGUGCAGAGAAAGUGUUUGAAGAAAUGCCUGUGAAGGAUUUAGUAUCUUGGAAUUCUUUGAUUAGUGGAUAUGUUACCGUUGGGGAUGGUAGAAGCUCUCUGGCACGUUUCUUGGAGAUGCAAAUGCUUGGAAUUAAGCCAGACAGGUUCACCAUGAUCAGUUCUAUUAAUGCUUGUUCUAUAGAAUGUUUAAUCCGAAAUGGGAAAGAGAUUCAUGGCCAGGUUCUUAAAUGUGGUUUUGAAUUGGAUAUUAUGAUUCAGACUUCUCUUCUUGACAUGUACAGCAAAUGUGGAAGGGUGGACCUUGCAGAGAGAUUGUUUCAUGAGAUUUCUCCUAGAAAUGUUGUGGCUUGGAAUGCAAUGAUUGGCGGGUAUGUUCUGAAUUCGCGACCUUUGGACUCAUUGGCAUGCUUGAGAAAGAUGAAAAAAGAUGAUAACUUGGAUCCUGAUGUUAUUACAUUAAUAAACUUGCUCCCUUCAUGUGCACAGUUAGGAGCUUUCUUGGUUGGUAAAUCGAUUCAUGGUUAUGCCAUUAGAAAAGGGUUUCUCCCUCAUAUUGUUUUGGAAACAGCUUUGAUUGAUGUCUAUGGGGCCUUUGGGAAGCCAAAAUUAGCAGAGUAUAUAUUUGAUCGAAUGGAAGAAAAGGGGUUGGUAACAUGGAAUUCAAUGAUUGCUACGUUUGCACAAAAUGGGUGGAAUAAGGAAGCAUUAAAACUAUUUCAAGAACUUUUGAAUAAGCCUCUCAUACCAGAUGCUAUUACCAUGGCAAGUGUUGUACCAGCUUAUUCUGAAGUAUCAUCACUCAGAGAGGGAAAGCAAAUUCAUGGUUAUAUCUCAAAAUCUGAACACAAUAAGAAUUCCUAUAUUUUGAAUUCACUUGUCUAUAUGUAUGCUAAAUGUGGCGAAUUACAAACUGCUCGAGAACUUUUCGAUGGGAUUCCCCAAAGGGAUGUGAGUUCAUGGAACACUAUUAUCAUGGCUUAUGCAAUUCAUGGAUUCGGAAAAGAAUCAAUUGAAUUGUUCUCUAAGAUGAGAGACCAGAACAUAGAACCUAAUUACAACACCUUUGUUUCCUUGUUAACCUCUUGCAGCAUAUCCGGGAUGGUCGAUGAGGGUUGGAAAUUCUACAACUCAAUGAAAACAGAUUACAACAUUGAUUGUGGGAUAGAGCACUGUGGCUGUAUCCUUGAUCUUCUUGGUCGAGCAGGUGAUCUUGACCGAGCCAAGAGUUUUAUCAAAACAAUGCCGAUCGCACCUACAGCCAGGAUCUGGGGAUCAUUACUUACUGCUAGUAAAAACCAUAGAAAUAUUGAGCUUGCUGAACUUGUUGCAGAACAUAUUUUUCGCGUGGAACAUGAUAAUACCGGUUGUUAUGUUUUGCUUUCUAAUUUGUAUGCUGAAGUUGGAAGAUGGGAUGAUGUAGAACGAAUCAAAUCUCUCAUGGAACAGAGAGGAUUGGAUAAAACUGUUGGGUGCAGCAUUGUUGAGACCAAAUAUAAGACUCACAGGUUCAUUAAUGAUGAUAGGUCACACAUUCAAACUGACAUGAUCUACCAUGUCUUAGGUAUACUCUUGAGAAAGAUAGAAGAAAACAGAAGUACUCAUUGCAGCAUCACCAAGUUCAGGCCAAUAGAUUUGAAGAAUAAAAGAUCAAAGUCCUCAGAUUAUCACAGCGUAAGAUUGGCAACCUGUUUUGGGUUGAUCAGUACAAAGGUUGGAAGCCCUGUUGUUGUGAGAAAGAACACUAGAGUUUGUAAAGAUUGUCAUGGUGCUAUAAAGAAGAUCUCAGUGAUCACCAAAAGAGAGAUAAUUGUUGGGGAUUCUAAGGUUUUUCACCAUUUCAGAGAUGGUAAUUGUUCAUGUCGUGAUUAUUGGUAACGUGAAUGAACACUUAAUACAGAUUACGUACAUGUUGUAUCAAUCAAAUGUCUACUAGCAAAAAAAUCUUAGAAAAUUAAAUAACAAAAGAUACAGAUUUUUUGUAUAUAAUAUAAAACACAUUAAUAA